GGGUCACAAAACAGUCAUGCAAUGCGCAAGAAAAUUACUUAAUACACAUCUUGCAAACAGCUAGCAACACGAAUGACGCUCUAGCCGCAGAAAACAAAGCCCAUUUACCGCUCAUAAGUGAGAGCGGGUUGUGUAAAGUAGUGUUCUACCCAGUCGCGCUGACCCCUAGCCACAAAGCUCUCGGUCAAGCGGCUGCAUAACUUGCUAGCCUCGACAUGGUGCUGUGCACAUCGGGUGCCCCACACAAGCAAGAUGGCCCAUGGGCGUGGCUGGUGUUGGCCUGUGUGUUUAUGACCGGGUGGCUGAGUGGGGGAGUUGGGUACAGUUUUGGUGUCUAUCUUCCUGUGCUUAUGGAGGAAUUCAAUGAAACAAGAGACAAGGCUGCGCUCGUCUGCUCACUCCAGUUUGCCACAUUUCUAUGCCUGAUUGCAGUAUCCAGCCAACUCUGCGAGCGCUAUGGAUGUCGGUUAAUCUGCGCCAUUGGUCACGUGAUCUCGGCUACGGGAUUUGUGUUGAGCUCGCUGCCUCGUAGCAUAAUCCCUUUGUACUUUUCGCACAGUCUCUUCACGGCGUUUGGAAGCAGCUGUAUCCAAGGGUCGGGAUACCUUAUCAUUGGCUUAUACUUCAAGAAGCACCGCUCCUUGGCUAUAGGUUUCGUAGCUAGCGCAGUGGGCGCUGGCGCAAUCUGUUGGGGACCCUUAGCACAGUUCUUACUCGGGUUCAUGAGCUGGAGGAACAUUUUCAGGCUGAUUGCGGGGUUGUACGUCGCACUUUGUUUUCUGACGAUCUUUUUUGAUCCUAAUGUGGAAAAAGAUGGGCAGGAGCGGGAACGAAAUGUGGAAGGUCGGAGUUUCUUUCGGAGUAUGUUCGAUUUAUCGAUAUGGCGAGGGCCGAUUUAUGCUACAGCUGUUCUUUCCAACAUGAUCGCGUCCUUUGGACAUCACACAGCAACAAUCCACGUGGUUAAGUUUGCCUUGGAAUUGGGUGUAAGUGCGAGCGAGGCCUCGUCGCUUUUUGUGUUUUUCGGUAGCACAUCAGUCAUCGCGCGGAUAGCGGUAGGUAAACUUUGCGACAUCAAGUGGAUCAAGCCGAUUUACUUGAACCAGGCAGCGGAGAUUACAAGUGGUGUAUCCACCAUACUCUUGACUCAAGCCCGUAGUUACCCAGGGCUUAUCGUAUUCUCCAUAUUCUACGGGAUAGCAGAUGGCACCUUCAGAACCACGCUGAAUGUGCUGUUAAUGAAUAGUGUUGGGCCCAAGCGAAUGGCGUCUGCUUUUGGCCAAGGGAACAUGAUGAUCUCGUUUUUCGCGGCGUCAGGUCCCGCGCUUGCUGGUCUGAUGGCUGAUCAUUUCGACUCAUACAUCCCAUCAUUCUACAUGGCCGGGAGCAUUACCAUAUUUGGAUCAUUUGUCUAUGCGGCAUUGCUAUGCGUACGACCAACCGCUGACCAGCCUGCAAAUGAAAUUGAGAUGGCACCAAAGGAAGACCACGUCUACUCAAACAGCAAUAACGCCUGCCAAACAGAGGAUACGCACUUGUAACCACAGGGGUGCAGCCGGGUAACCUUCACGUGACCAUCGGGUAACCUUAACGGGUAAUCUUAGGGUCGGACCAUUAGAAAAGUGAAGAAGACAAGGGGGCAAGAAACAAAUAAUAGCCAUACACGAUGAAAAGCCUGGAAAAGAAUGCAUGCAGUCCUAACCAGACAGAAAAAAUGCAAACAACGAUAAAAAAAAUUCAAGUACGUCUAUGAGACAAGAAAAAACACAUACACGACAAAAAUCUCCCCACCCCCACCCUCCCCCGCUUUUGUAAUGGUCCGCCGCUAAAGGUCUAUAGCAUAACAGUGGGAUUAUAUGAUAUGAAUCAGUUGUAGCCUUGAAAAGUCUCUGUAUGAUCAUCGAAAGAUACUCGAGGUCACCUUUCUUUCUAGCAGAAAUUUCGUGUUCUAACGCUACGUUGUGUAUCUCAUAAUGUAUUCCAUGUUCAUGGAAUACAUUAUUAAACUAUUACACUAUUUAAAUUUGUAAAAUUCUGGGUUGAAACAAUUCUGAUUUGAAGUUAAUGAUAAAUGGAAAUAUAUGAAAAUGGUACUUAAAAGAGCAAAUAUCUAAUAAGAAUUCAUUGUGAUUUCAACGAAAUAAAUUCAAUUACAUUGGUUGUUGUCAACAGCAAUUCUAACCCCUAAAACAUAGCAAAUUGGGUGUAAUCGAAGCAAUUUUGACAAACAGUCGGUCCACCGACCGCGCUCCUUGGACCGACCGUUUGUCAGAACCCUAUAAGAACGAUAAAUUUCGACUUUGCAGCGAAAAAUUGCAGGGUAUUUCUGGCCUUUUGGCCUUAUUCUUCUAUGGCAUAUAUGAUUCUGAAGGAAAAGGCUUUUUCUGCCGAAAAAGUUGCCUCGAAGAGUCGAAGGUGUGUUUGCCAGGGCGAGGUGCUUCCUACCCUGUUGUGUUUUAAGGUAAUGGUACCUAUUAUUGGACACUUUAGAUUUACGCUAGAAUAUCUCGCGUACAAAACACAAUUGAGUCUUAGAUUUUACAGCUAGAAAUCACUGACUAUUACACAUAAUAAUUCUCCAAUUUAACAAAAAUUCGAUGGUUAAUUUUGGGAGAAAACAAUCGUUCGUAAGACGUGUUGUGAAGCCUAUUAUCGGAUACCUAGCCCUAUUAUAGGACAGCAGAUUUCUUCUAAAAAAACAACAGGAAAAUCAUGCUUCAUUUUCAUUAAAAUACUGCAGACAAUAAUUGUUUAUAUAUGGACUUUGCAAAACUCACGAUAGUUUUUAGUUUGAGACUCUUUCUUCCCCGUAGCAAGUGAUUCAAAACACAUGUAUAGCGCGAGUGACAAACUGUACGGCGAAAUGUGAGAUUGCUCAUCGAUCGAUCAAAUUUACGUUGAAUCGUUCGAUGAUUGCUCGACUGUCCGAUAAUAGGGAACCGAGGUUAGGUACGGACAAUUCGAGCUAUCCCGAAGUGUCUACGGAAACAGAGGCCAAAUAGCAUCCUGGGAGAUCAACAACAAAAUGGCGGAUUCGCCGAGCGACUUUCAUCACGAUCGUUAAAUCUUGGACUUUUUUAUGGCUUCUUUUCGUCCUCGCGCAUUCAAGUCAAAGAGAGGAUUUCAAUCGCCAUUUUGCGGUGCGUGAGAGAAAAUUAUUUCUAGUUUUGCGAAACAAUAAACACUCGUAAAAAGCUUGAA